AUUGAACCGUAGAUGUGCCAUAAAUGAAGCGUUUUUACAGCAAAUGGCGGAAAAAUUACAACAGAUUGUGUUCGCAUCGGAAAAGAGAAACCGGAACGCCAGACGAGUGAUGGAGACGCUCGUCACGUACGACGUUCUAUGCCAAUUUAAUUGGACUGGAAGAAAUGCCAAAAAUUACCUAGCCACAACCAAGAACAGGUUUGCAAACCUGCAUGGCAUUAUCGCUCUGCUAGUCAAAGCCCUCAGUUUUGGGCUUAAUGCAGAGCAGACGGAGCAGGAGCGAUCAUCCAUUACCAACAGUGUUCGCAAUGCCGUGAACAAAUCAUCGCAAAACAGAAGCGAUUCUGCCAGACACGAAAUGAAUGAAAGCUCCU